UGCGUGCGUGGGUGCGCUGCUGUGAGUUUAUUGAAGUCGGUACACAAAAUGAAAAGGAAACAACAAAUCUAAGCAUUUUGUAUUCACUGUACAUAAAAUCAACAGAACUGAUUUGGUUGCUAAUUUAUUGUUGAAAUAGAAAUUGAAUUUUGAUCAAGCAGCAGUAAAAAAAAUCCCAAAAAAAAUGCUGAAUCUUUUAAAUUCGUGCAGAAAUACUGCGAGAAGAGAUGUCUAUUGGUUAUGCACACAGGCGGCAUCAGUAGAGUCGAAAAAUAUUCGAUCAUUUGAUGAUAUCCCAGGACCCAGAGGUCCCUUAGGCUUAGGCAAUCUAUACAAUUAUCUACCUGUGAUUGGAAAGUACUCAUGGUUGAAGUUACAUAAAUCGGGAUUUCAUAAGUACGAGACGUAUGGAUCGAUAGUGCGGGAGACUAUGGCACCGGGGGUGAAUAUCGUUUGGAUAUACGAUCCUAAGGAUAUUGCAGUUUUGCUCAACGAUAAGGACUAUCCUCAUAGACGUAGUCAUUUGGCAUUGGAAAAAUAUCGAAUUGAUCGACCACAUGUUUAUCGAUCAGCUGGAUUGAUACCAACAAAUGGUCCGGAAUGGUGGCGAUUGAGAUCUGAACUUCAAAAGGAACUCAGUGCACCUAAGAAUGUUCGAAGUUUUCUGAUGGAUGUAGAUAAGAUAACCCAUGAGUUCCUGGAUAUGCUGCCGGUUCAAAGUGAAUUCAAUCUUUUGCCUGAGUUAGCAAGAUUGAAUUUGGAAUUAACUUGCCUCUUAACAUUCGAUGAGCGAUUGAAUGCAUUUUCACCCGAAGAACACCAUCCCAACUCAAGAACUUCAAAAUUGAUAAAAUCUACUGAAACAACAAACAGUUGCAUUCUACCCACCGAUCAAGGUCUUCAAUUAUGGCGAUAUUUUGAAACUCCAACAUACAAAAAAUUGAGAAAAGCACAAAACUACAUGGAAAGUGUAGCUGUUGAAUUAGUUGCUCAAAAAAUUACCUAUUUCAAAGAGGAAAACGUUCAGCAAACGUCGUCUUCGACUGGAGGAAAUCUAACAAGAAGUUCUCUCAUUGAGGAAUAUUUAAAAAAUCCAAAUUUAGAUUUAUCAGAUGUUGUUGGAAUGGCUUCGGAUCUUUUGCUAGCUGGAGUAGAUACAACUUCUUAUUCAACAUCUUUUGCUGUCUAUCACAUAGCAAGGCAUCCAGAAAUUCAACAAAAACUUUAUGAAGAAGCUAAGGCUAUAAUGCCAAAUGUUGAUGAUCCCCUCACUGCAGAAACCCUGAAUACUGGUAUCACUUAUACCAGAGCUGUAUUGAAGGAAUCUUUUCGACUUAAUCCUGUUUCGGUUGGAUUUGGAAGAAUUCUGAAGAAAGACAUUGUCUUGAGCGGGUAUCAUGUUCCUGCUGGGACUAUAGCUGUGACUCAAAACAUGAUUGCGUCACGUUUGGAAAAACACUUCGAACGGCCAAAUGAAUUCGAUCCACAAAGAUGGCUGCAGAGGAAGACCAAUAUCAAUCCAUAUGUUGUGUUACCAUUCGGGCAUGGAAUGAGAUCUUGUAUAGCUCGACGAAUGGCAGAACAGAGUAUUCUUGUUUUCUUGCUGAAGCUUGUUCGUCGAUACAACAUCGAGUGGAAAGGUGUUGAAGACUUGGAUGUGAGAACUUUACUCAUCAAUAAACCUGAAGAUCCAGUUAAUGUUGUUCUUAAAGAAAGACCUUAGGUUAAUGUUUUUUAUGAGUUAAGGUUUUAGGGUCUUGUGAAUACAAAAUAAAAUACAGAAGAAUAUAUCUUGUUU